CGGGUCCUUCUUCCUGGAUACUCAUGACGCGGACCCAGUUCCCACUCCCAUUGGGUGCCGGGUUUCUAGAGAAGCCAAUCAGCGUCGCCGCGGUCCCGGUUCUAAAGUCCCCAGUCACCCGCUCGGACUCAGAUCCUUCCCAGACGCCGAGGAUGACGGUCAUGGCGCCCCGAACCCUCCUCCUGCUGCUCUCGGGGGCCCUGGCCCUGACCCAGACCCGGGCAGGUGAGUGCGGGGUCGGGAGGGAAACGGUCUCUGCGGGGAGGAGCGAGGGGCCGCCCGGCGGGGAGGGAGGACCCGGGGAGCCGCGCCGGGAGGAGGGUCGGGCGGGUCUCAGCCCCUCCUCGCCCCCAGGCUCCCACUCCCUGAGGUAUUUCUACACCGCCGUGUCCCGGCCCGGCCGCGGGGAGCCCGGCUUCAUCGCCGUGGGCUACGUGGACGACACGCAGAUCGUGCGGUUCGACAGCGACGCCGAGAUUCCGAGGAUGGAGCCGCGGGCGGCGUGGGUGGAGCAGGAGGGGCCGGAGUAUUGGGAGGAGCAGACACGGAGAGCCAGGGACACCGCACAGGGUUACCGAGUGAGCCUGCGGAACCUGCGCGGCUACUACAACCAGAGCGAGGCCGGGUCUCACACUCUCCAGACAAUGUACGGCUGCGAUGUGGGGCCGGACGGGCGCCUCCUCCGCGGGUACCGGCAGGACGCCUACGACGGCAAGGACUACAUCGCCCUGAACGAGGACCUGCGCUCCUGGACCGCCGCGGACAUGGCGGCUCAGAUCACCCAGCGCAAGUGGGAGGCGGCCAGUGUGGCUGAGAGGAUGAGAGCCUACCUGGAGGGCGAGUGCGUGAAGUGGCUCCGCAGACACCUGGAGAACGACGGGAAGGAGACGCUGCAGCGCGCGGACCCACCAAAGACAGAUGUGACCCACCACCCCAUCUCUGACCAUGAGGCCACCCUGAGGUGCUGGGCCCUGGGCUUCUACCCUGAGGAGAUCACACUGACCUGGCAGCGGGAUGGGGAAGACCAAACUCAGGACACGGAGCUUGUGGAGACCAGGCCAGCAGGGGAUGGAACCUUCCAGAAGUGGGCAUCUGUGGUGGUGCCUUCUGGAGAAGAGCAGAGAUACACGUGCCAUGUGCAGCACGAGGGGCUGCCGGAGCCCCUCACCCUGAGAUGGGAGCCGUCUUCCCAGCUCACCAUCCUUAUCGUGGGCAUCGUUGCUGUGGCUGUCCUAGGAGCUGUAGUCCUCGGAGCUGUGGUCAUCGGAGCUGUUGUGAUGUGGAGGAGGAAGAGCUCAGGUGGAAAAGGAGGGAGCUACUCUCAGGCUGCGUGCAGCGACAGUGCCCAGGGCUCUGAUGUGUCUCUUACGGCUUGUAAGGCCUGAGACAGCUGCCUUGUGUGGGACUGAGAUGCAGGAUUUCUUCAUGCCUCCCCUUUGUGACUUCAGGAGCCUCUGGCAUCUCUUUCUGCAAAGGCUUCUGAAUGUGUCUGCGUCCCUGUUAGCAUCAUGUGAGGAGGUGGGAGACAGCCCACCCUGUGUCCCCUGUGACCCCUGUCCCCAUGCUGACCUGUGUUCCUUCCCUAGUCAUCUUUCCUGUUCCAGGGAGGUGGGGCUGGGUGUCUUCAUCUCUGUCUCAGCUUCAUGGUGCACUGAGCUGCAACCUCUUACUUUCUUUCUGAAAAUAAAUGUGUUUUCUCAAAUAUUUGCCAUGCAAGGUUGAUGGAUUAAUAAGUCAAUUCCUAAAAUUUGAGAGAGGAAAUAAAGACCUGAGAACCUUCCAGAA